AUGGAGAUGGAGACGAAGCCUACAGUGAAAGGCAAUUUGCUAGGCCGAGGACGCCAUGGCAGGGUUUACUCAGCAUUCUCUUUCAACCACACUCCUGACCAUCUCGCUGUCAAAUCCGCAUUUUCUUCGCAUUCAUCUUUACUUGCCAAGGAGAAACGCAUCCUUUCCGAACUCCAACACUGCCCGGAGAUCGUUCACUGUUAUGGAGACGAUUCCACCAUGGAAGAGGGCGUGGAGACUUACAACUUAUUCCUCGAGUAUGCCCCAGGAGGAAGUCUAGCAGACUUGAUUCGCAACAGUGUAGGCACGUUGCCGGAAUCCGACGUCCAACUCUACACCAAAAUGAUACUCAAGGGUCUCUGUCACAUCCAUGAAAAAGGGUACGUACACUGCGAUAUCAAGCCCAGUAACAUACUUGUUUUUCCGUUGGAAGAUGGUGGGAACAAGGUUAAGAUUGCGGAUUUCGGAUUGGCGAAAAGGGUCGGAGAAGAGAGAGCUCUGCAGCUGCCUCAGUUCAGCGGGACGCCGGCUUACAUGUCGCCGGAGUCGGUUCUUUACGGUGAAGACGAGCCACCCUUGGAUGUAUGGUCUCUGGGUAUCACUGUGGUGGAGAUGCUUACUGGGAAACUGGUUUGGAGGAGGUUAGGAAAGGAGGACCUGCUGUUCAGUAUAGUUUUUGGAGAGCCUGAAAUCCCAGAAAGCGUGUCGGAAGAGGGGAAGGAUUUUCUGAGGAGGUGUUUCAGAAGGGAGGCUAAAGAGAGAUGGACAGCGAGAAUGCUGCUGAACCACCCUUUCAUUACUGAAGAACCCUCGUCCAUGGCUAUGGAAACAAGCCAUUUUGAUUGGAGGCAGUUGAAGUUGCGGGAUCCACUGGCGUCAACUGGCUCGUCUUCUUCUCCGAGGUCACGUUCUAAUUCUUUCUUCAAUCGGUUUUGCUCUUCAAUGCAGUCUCUUUUUAAGAUUUCCUUGGUUCUUUUUCAUACAUAUUUGGGUUGA